AUUACCGCAAUGAACAGUACGGAGCUAAAAGGUCUUUCGUGCUCUUAAAAACCCCUCGAUUAUUUGCCAUUACCUAUCCUCCCCGACUUCUGCACAGAGUCAACAAUCAGAGAUUUGAGGAUCUGCUUUGCUGUGAAGGUGGUGGGAAAAAUGGAGGGGAAUGCCAUCACUAAGAUUCUCUUUUGUGGUUAUGUUUUCCCUUCUGGUGUACAAUUCACGAGGGAAAAUUUGCAGAAAUACCCAUUUAUUCAGGUUGAUGAAGUAGAGACUGAUGAUGUGCCUAAUGUUAUUGGGGAUUACCAUAUUUGCAUACCCAGAAUGCAGCGCCUAGAUUCUGAAGUUAUUUCUCGUGCCAAACAGAUGAAGCUUAUCCUACAAUAUGGCGUUGGACUUGAAGGUGUGGACAUUGAUGCUGCUACCAGGGCUGGAAUUAGAGUAGGAAGGAUUCCAGGCCAUAUGACAGGAAAUUCAUACUCAUGUGCAGAGCAUGCUAUAUAUUUGGUAUUAGGGCUUCUGCGUAAGCAAAAGUUAAUGGACAUUGCUGUACAAGAAAGAAAGUUGGGUUGGCCUCUUGGAGAAACUCUUUUUGGAAAAGCGGUCUUUAUUCUUGGAUAUGGGAACAUUGGAGUUCAUCUUGCUGCUCGUUUGAAGCCUUUUGGUGUAAAAAUUCUUGCUACCAAAAGGAGUUGGAGCUCAGUAUCUCAAGAUUCUAGGACCCAUGAAGGUCUGGAGGCGAAUGAAAAGUUCAACGAUGCUCUUGUUGAUAAGAAAGGUGACAUGGGGAGCAUAUAUGAUUUUGCUCGAGAAGCAGAUAUUGUUAUUGCCUGCAUAGGUUUGAACAAGGAUACGGCUGGAAUUGUGAACCACAAGUUCCUCUCCUCUAUGAGAAAGGGGGCACUACUGGUAAAUGUGGCUCGAGGAGGUGUCUUGGACUAUGAAUCCGUCAAAUAUCACCUAGAAUCUGGCCAUCUUGGAGGCAUGGCAUUCGAUGUUGCAUGGACUGAGCCAUUUGAUCCCGAGGAUCCAAUUUUGAAGUUUCCAAAUGUUCUCAUCACACCUCACGUUGCCGGGGUAACAGAAUGUUCCUACGGGACAAUGGGCAAGAGGGGCACAUGCUCCACAUGGGUCUGAAAGAAUUUGUGGCCUGUGUAAGAAUUUAUUAUGAUUGUCGCAGAAUGUGCUCUUCAGUUUCACGCUGGGGAUCCAUUAACUGGAAUCGAGAUUGUGAACUAAAUGAAGACGUUCGAAAGGCUUUUCCAUAUCUAUUCUUUUGUCUAUUAUAUAGAUUGUGGGGGAUAUUUAUGUGUAUUUUUAUUUUCUAUUAUGCUGAGUGGAAUGAAAAUGUCUCUUGUUCUCUCUA